UGUAACGGAGGCGCUGGGCGGAGCAGCGGGGGGCACCAUGAUCAUUGAGAACGUGGACGCCCUCAAGACCUGGCUGGCCAAGUUACUGGAGCCGAUAUGUGAUGCAGACCCUUCAGCCUUAGCUAACUAUGUUGUGGCAUUAGUCAAGAAAGACAAACCAGAGAAAGAGCUGAAGGCUUUCUGUGCUGAUCAGCUAGACGUCUUUCUGCAGAAAGAAACUUCAGGUUUUGUAGAUAAACUAUUUGAAAGUCUGUACACAAAGAACUACCUUCCUUCCCUUGAACCAGCAAAACUAGAACCGAAGCCUGCAGGUCAGGAAAAAGAAGAAAUCAAAGAGGAGAUAUUUCAAGAGUCGUUUGAGGAAGAACGAGAUGGCAGGAAAAAGAAGUAUCCUAGCCCACAGAGAAACCGUUUAGAUUCUAAUGAACAAAGAACCAGAGAGAAAAAGAGAGAUGAUGGCAAAUGGAGAGACUAUGACAGAUACUAUGAUCGGAAUGAUUUAUAUAGAGACAAAUACGACUGGCGAAGAGGCAGGAGUAAAAGUCGUAGUAAAAGCAGAGGGUUAAGCCGAAGUCGUAGCCGCAGCGGGGGUAGAAGCAAAGACCGGGAUCUGAACAGAAAUAUUGCGGAACACAAAGAGAGAGCAAAAUUCAAGAGUGAAAGGAAUGACAUGGAGAGCUCAUAUAACCCAGUGUCUUUGUCAUCCAGUAAUUCUACUGAACAGUAUUCCUCUGCGCAGUCUAUUCCCAGUGCUGUUACCGUGAUUGCACCUGCUCACCAUCCUGAGAACACAACAGAGAGUUGGUCAAAUUAUUAUAACAAUCAUAGUGUUCCCAAUUCAUUUGGCAGAAACCCUCCUCCUAAAAGACGAUGUCGAGAUUAUGAUGAGCGAGGAUUUUGUGUACUUGGCGACCUUUGCCAAUUUGAUCAUGGAAAUGACCCUUUAGUAGUAGAUGAAGUUUCAUUGCCAAGCAUGAUUCCUUUUCCACCACCACCCCCAGGACUCCCCCCUCCUCCUCCUCCUGGUAUGCUAAUGCCUCCAAUGCCAGGUCCAGCUCACAAUAUGAGAAUGCCAGGCCCACAAAUACAUCCUCGGCCACCACCUCCUGUCGUGCUUCCUGUAUCAAGACCACCUUUAACACAGUCAAGUUUGAUGAAUAACCGUGACCAGCCUCGGACAAGUGCGGUGCCCAAUCUUGCACCAGUGGGAGCAAGACUACCUCCUCCUUUACCCCAGAACCUACUGUAUACAGUAUCAGAACAUACGUAUGAGCCAGAUGGUUAUAACCCUGAAGCACCUAGUAUUACCAGUGCUGGUAGAUCUCAAUACCGACAGUUCUUUACUAGAACACAGACACAGCGUCCAAAUCUGAUUGGCCUAACGUCUGGGGAGAUGGAUACAAAUCCAAGAGCGGCCAACAUUAUCAUCCAGACUGAAACUCCCAUUUCCAUUGCAAAUAACAGCAGCAAUGUAACCAGAGUGGUGCUUGAGCCAGACAACAGGAAAAGACCUCCAAGUAGUAUGGAAGGCCCACCUGUAAAGAAACCCUGGAUGGGAAAGCAAGCCAAUAACCAGAAUAAACCAGGAUUUCUGAAAAAGAAUCAGUACACUAACACCAAGCUGGAAGUUCGAAAAAUCCCACCUGAGUUGAAUAAUAUUACACGACUCAAUGAACAUUUCAGCAAAUUUGGAACUAUUGUUAACAUUCAGGUUGCUUUCAAGAAUGAUCCUGAAGCUGCUCUAAUUCAGUAUUUAACUAACGAUGAGGCCAGAAAGGCCAUUUCCAGCACAGAGGCAGUUUUAAACAAUCGAUUUAUAAGGGUGCUGUGGCAUAGGGAAAAUGAGCAGCAGCCACCACUGCUGCAGCAACACCUGCACCAUCACCAGCAGCCACCACCACAAUCUCUGCAUCACCAGCUUCAUCUUCAACAACAAACACUGACUGCCCAACCUCCAGCUGCAACGGUACAUAGCAAUGUGUCAAAGGUGAUAACUAAACCACUGGCAUCGGGUGCCUAUGUCCUUAAUAAGGUUUCAGUUAAACGUCGCCUUGGAGCAGCAGGUGGAAACCAGACCGAUGCAGCACAUUUGUUAAACCAGUCCAGUGCUACUGCAGAGGAUUCUCAGACAUUUCCUACUUCUACAAGCCAUACAAAAAUGGUGUACAAUUCCCCAAACUUAAAGACAUCUGUGAAAUCUGGCACAGGAUCUAAAUCCCAUGACGUUCAAGAGGCCCUUAAAAAGAAACAGGAGGCAAUGAAGCUACAACAAGAUAUGAGAAAAAAGAAGCAGGAGAUGUUAGAAAAACAAAUAGAAUGCCAAAAGAUGUUGAUAUCUAAGCUGGAGAAAAAUAAGGCCACGAAACCAGAGGAGAGGGCAGAAAUAAUGAAGACCUUGAAAGAACUAACAGGAAAAAUCUCUCAAUUAAAGGAUGAAUUGAAAACUUCUUCUGUAGCCUCCACGCCAUCAAAACUGAAGUCCAAGACAGAGGCACAAAAGGAGCUUUUAGAUGCAGAACUGGACUUUCAUAAAAGAUUGUCUUCUGGAGAAGAUACAACAGAGUUGCGGAAAAAGCUCAGUCAACUACAGGUUGAGGCUGCCCGUUUAGGUAUCUUGCCUGUAGGUCGAGGAAAGGCGAUAUCUGCUCAGGGCAGAGGAAGAGGACGAGGUCGUGGUGGGAGAGGAAGGGGCACAUUGAAUCAUAUGGUGGUGGAUCACCGUCCCAAAGCUCUAACUGUCGGUGGCUUCGUAGAAGAGGAGAAAGAUGAAUUAUUACAACAUUUCUCUAAAUUUGGAGAUAUUGAAGACCUCCAAGAAGAGGAUUCUCCUUUAAGUGUCGUUCUGACUUUUAAGUCCCGCUCAGAAGCUGAAAAUGCUGCUAACCAAGGAUCAAGAUUCAAAGACCGAAGACUACAGAUAUCAUGGCACAAACCUAAGGUACCGUCUGUGUCCACAGAAAUUGAGGAAGAGGAGUCCAAGGAAGAGGAGACUGAAACCUCAGAUUUAUUUUUGCACGAAGAUGAUGACGAUGAUGAUGAAGAUGAAGAUGAAUCCCGUUCUUGGAGAAGAUGAAACUUGAUUUGGAAUUGUAUAGUUUUAGGAAUAUAGUUUGAACUACAACUUUUAAAAAUUUAUUUAAGAAAGUUGAUGAGCCAAAAAUUUUUAUUUUAUUUUACUUUUCAAAACACACAGUAGAUUUCAAGUGAGAACAAGUUUGUGAUAUGAACAUGUCAGAUACUUAGCUGUGAUACUAGGUCAGCCAAAGGCCCAAUGACUUUUUACAGAGUUAUAAAGAUCAUCAGUGGUGGUAGUCCUCCUAUAAAGAAGAAACUUAUCAAUAUUGUCAAGCCCCUUUUUCACACCACCUGUAUUAUCUUGUUUUUUAAUGCUUUGAUUUAUUAGAUAUGAAUGAAAAAAUGUUACAGGUUUUAUUUAGUAAUAUUAUAGGGUUGCAGGAGAGAGCUGCAGACACAUUUUCAUUAAAUGUCAAUUGCUUCAUGUUUGCUAACUCAAAAAGGGUAGCAUUUUAUUACAUGUGAAGUCAGCUAUUGUAGGAAAUAUUUGUGUCUGAAUUCAUUUUUUGCUUCAAGACCUGUCUUGAGAGCCACACACAACUUCAGUGUAGAAGACCCCAACUUUUCUGCAUUCUAGUGUUUUGUCUUCUGUUUCCUCUUGCAUACUUUAACAGGGUAUUAGUAUGAUACCGCCUGGUACUAGUUCACUGUAAAUUGCUUUAAAUCCUGUUUCACUGUGAAACAUUAGCAGUGACACUGAUAUCUGUGUCAUUAGCAUAUUGUUUCCAUUCUUUCACUGUCAGUGUCAAUUCCUUCUUACAGUUUGGAUACAAGAUUCAAGCUUAAUCCAGGCUGUUGAUUUAUUGCAUUGUCAGUAUUGGUAAAUGUCAAUCCUGUUAAACUGUGUAGAGUUCUAAAACAAUCAACCAUGAGAACCCUCUUCUCCCACCUCCGCAAUGUGACCAAGUCUCUCACUUUUAUUAAUAUUCGGGCCAAACCCAUACAGUGUUCAGAGCAAGUUUUAUUGUUUUUUGGCCCAUGGAAGGUCGAUAUCCUAUUAUACUAAACCAGCACUUUAAGUGAUAUGAUUCUUAAGACUAGUGUUUAAAACUCACUUUAGGAAAACUAUUUGUAUUUAUAUCUUAAAGUGCAGUUUAGUUUAAAAGCAGGUAAGACAGACACUAUGAAAUUUUCAAUUGCCUUUGUCUUUAUACCACUUUAAAACAAAAAAACACCAAAAAAGAAAUGAUGGUGAUUUUGGUAGAAAUGGGGCUAAGAAGUUUAGACCCUCAAGAGCCAUAGAUCUUCAUAACUCUGUUAUGUGGGUCUUGCUAUUCGUGAGCAUAAAUACAUUAUCCAGUAGGCUUUCCUUCACUCUGUAGGCAUCUGUACUGUACGCUUUGUACAGUUGGAGUUAUCUGUUAUGUAAGUAGCCAUGUAAAAUAGUGUCUUUGCAUUCUGAAUGUCAGUUUGAAGGAGCAGAGCAAACACUCUUACCAACUGCUGGGAUUCUAAACAGCUUGUUAUAUACAUGUACCAAAUGCAUACAUUCUUGGCUUUAGAAAUCAUAUAUUGCUUUCAGAUAUUUAGCACACCAGAGUAUUUGGCAACUGGUUCCUGAUUCAAAAUAAAUACAACAUGUACCAGAAAUUUUAAUUUAGGCUGAACAUAGCUAGUUACUUGAAGUCGUGUUCUUUCAAGUUGCCCCUUGUACUCUUCCUCUCCAUUUGAAUAUCCUUUUGCUGUGGUAAUAUGUAAAAGAAGCCAAAACUUUAUCGCUUUAAGUUUCGGUGUCAGUUGGAGGGAAUAUGUCCUUCAAUAUUUUCCCCCUUCAUAUUAAGACUUCCAUUUUCUAGUUAAAUACUGCAUUCCUACUAAUGCUGAGUUUAAAUUAAAUUUAUGAAGGAAUGAUGAAAAAACAUUAAUACUUUGAACCUAGAAGAAUAAUCCUUGCUCUUCUCCCACCAUCUCUAAUAUUUUCUUAAUGUCUGUGGCUCAGUGUAUAUUUUGAAAGAUCCAUUACAGCAGAUGUUUGAGUCCUGACGGUUUAAAAAAUGAUAGAGGGAACAAAGGAUUUAUAUAUUUUUUUUGUACAGAGUUUUUUCUUAAACUGUAUAAUUUUGUAAAUAUUUUGCUUUUUGUGUACUAAAACUACCAGCGUAUAGAUUUCAAUAAGAAUUGUUGUAUUUUUGUAUUUGGAAACUGAAGAUUACAGUGAACGAAUGAAGCUGUAAGAGAAAUUUCAGUAGCCUUUGACACAGUUAAACAGAAUGGGGUUUCCUUUUCAUAUGGUUUUAGCUCUAAAAGGACACAUCUUAUCGGCACACUUUGUUGAGAGACACUUUUGCCCUUGCUCAUAUGUAUUGGCUUUUUUAGUUGGGUGAGAUAGGCGAGAGGCAAGGGAGGAAGAUUUAUUUAAUGGGCUUUGGAGAGAUUUAUAUAACAUUUUCUUUUGGUAUACACAUUGGUAGCCUUACAUAAAUCCUCAAGUGACAUCCCAAACAUGAUUUCUAAGCAUUGAAGCACAAAAGUGAGUUGUGCCUCUGAACUUAGCUUGUGUAUUUAAAACAUGCUAUUAUGCUGCCUAUCACUUAUAUUCCCAAUAAUAUAACAGUAAUUGACUUAAUUCUGGUAUUUAAGGAGUGGGAAAGCUGUUUGAAAGUGACCUUCAUUUUGCCAAAGCUAGAGGAUUUCCCUGUGUUGUAUUUUAGGGCUUAGUAGGUAAUACUAAAUUGUUUAUUUUUAAGUAGGCAACUGAGAGUGCCCAUUUUAUUUUUUUAUGGUAACAUUUUAUUUUUAUUAUGAAAUUAUAAUGUACACCUUCAGAAAGUACAGUUGACUUAAUUCCUAAUCAGUACUAUAUCUAUAUAUGAAUACCAAGCAACAUAUGUAUAGGAAAUUUAAAAUAAAAUGUUACCAAAUUAAAGCCUAGUUUACAGACAAUACAACUGUAUAUGCUAAACAUUAAACCUUGGUAUGAAGAAUUAUUCUUCAUUUCUUUAUCAUCAAAUUAAGUUCUUAAGCAUCACAAAGCCCAUGAGCUGAAAAGAUUCAUUUGAAAACACUUGCCCAUUUAUGAUGAAAAUGUUUCAACAGUUUUUAACAAAAUCAUGUGAAAAGGAAUAUAAGUUCCUCUCGAUGUAUAGUAAACUUGUACUAUAGUUUUUACAAAAUUGUGAACUUGUGUAAUAGUAUAAUAGGAGAUAUUGUUGAAUUUCUAACUGUUUAUACAUUUAAAUUCAUAUAUGUAAUGUUUGUUUUAUUGAUUACAAUCUGAAUUUCUAAGAUGCAUGUUGACUUUUUGCAAUAAAGAUAUAAUAUGGAAUGGUUCAACAUUUAAAAAAAAAGAAAAAAGAAAAAGCUACAAAUAACUCUAACUUAAAAAAAUUGGAAAACUGAAGAACCAUUCCAAAAAAUUACAACCAUCACAAAAAGAGCUAUAUCACUUUUCUUCUGAAAAAUGUGUGUGCGCGCGUGUGUCCCUGUAAGUGCAGGCUUUUGCUUGCCUUAUAGUUAACGAAUAUUGCUGAAGCAGCUGGAGAGAAGAUACAGUUUCUCUGUGGAGAGCAUUACAGUUCUGUAAGAGCCAGUAUGAAGUAAUGUGGUCAGCAAACUGUGAGUAUAUUUGUGUUUUGCAGAAAACGGCAAAGCAUUUCAUAACUUUUUAUUUAAAGGGUAAACUAAUUAUUUUAAUGCACCUUUGCCAGUGCACUGAACAAAAUGAAUUUCAGUCCAUCGACCUUUUGAAACAAUUUGAAACAAUAAAACUGCAAUGUGCCAAUUGUAAAACCAAGUUAAGAGUGAUCUAAUGCAAAGUGAGAACCAGUGUUGGUCCCAUAUUUAUACUAAAUCUUUAGAGCUUCUCUUUCCUUUUCUAAAGUUCAAUUUAAAAAUAGCAAUGAGUGGAGAAUUAUUUUAGACUAGGAGUGAGUUACACAUCCUACAGCCCCUUAGAGCAAAUGCAUAUCACCUGAUGAUCUCUAAGGCGGGAUUGUAUCAGAGUAUAAAUAAAAUUAAAGUUUGUCACAACAUAGCGCCCCUCCCCCCCCCCCCCAUUGAUCCAAUCUGUUAAUCAGAACUUCUACUGCUGCCACUGUUUCUAGCCUUUAAUGUCCAACAAUUAGUUCCUUAAAUGCCUCUGCAUUUUCUUCCGUGUUGUCCCUUAUGCAUGGGGGGGGAUCAUCCAAUCUCAUCCUUAUCCUUCUUCAAAUUACUCCUUAGAAUUUGCUCUGUCACGAUGCCUACAAAACCUUGCUUACUGAUCAUGGCCAGGCAGGUGACAAGCUGUGACUUUUUUUCUUCCCCUUUUUUACUUCUAGUCUCAAUUUUUUAAAAAAGGCUAUGCUACAUGUAACAGUAGUGUCAUUUCUUCACCAUGCUCAUUCACUGGUGUGUUGUAUCCCUAUUACCCGACCCUUCAUCUGUCUAUCAUUAGAUUGUAAGUACUUCAAGGCAGGAAUUGGCUUUUCUGUAUUUUUACAGUGUUCUCCACAAUGGGUCCCAACCCCAAUUGGGGGCCUUAGGCAGUACCAUAAUGGAAAUAAAAAAAGGUUUUCAUUUUUGGAGCUUGUUUCCUUUGCCUAAAAUAUAAAGUCUUGGAGCAAUAUCUGCCUUACGAGAUAAGGGCUUCUAUAGGAAAGAGGCCUUGAAAUGGGGAUGUUUAGGGUGUGAGAUUUGGAAUAGAGAAUAAAUAGUUGCCCCAAAAACCACUAAUUGAACAUGUUUUCUAAGCAAGAAAAGGUAAUAGAAAUCAUCCUGUGUGUUUUUCAGGACUCUUAUUUUUUCUCUCAUGUUUUUGCAGAUCUUUUGUAUGGGACUAUAGCUGUCUUGCACCUGAAUUUUAUAAAUGCCCUUUUACUGGUAUGUGGCAGUUACACUUAUGGUAGAGAAGAAAGUAUUCUUUAAAACCAUUUAUGGUCAAAACAAGACUUAUUAAGGAAUCUAUUAACAGAACAAAUUGAAGGUAAAUGCAUUUAACUCAGAUUUUUACAUUAUACUUCAACCAUUGCUAAUUAGGAAACCAACAUGCCUGUCCUAUAUGCAGGACUCCUGUGGAGUUGAUUGGCAUUUCUAUGCAUAGAAUUUCCUCA